GGUUUACUUAGUCGUAGUAACUCAUUUUCCGUAUGCUUAAACAGAGCAAGUGAUGCGCUGUCAUGAAGAUGAAAAAGGGUGAAGUGGCUUUGGUGACCAUAGAACCAGAGUAUGCCUUUGGUUCUACUGUGUCACGACAGGAAUUGGCUGUGGUGCCGCCAAACUCAACCGUUAAUUAUGAGGUUGACCUUGUGACUUUCGAAAAGGAAAGAGAAUUGUGGGACGUGAACACUGAGGAGAAGAUAGAAGCUGCUGGUAAGAAGAAGGAAGAAGGAAAUGCCAAGUUUAAAGCAGGCAAAUAUGCCCUGGCUUCCAAGAGAUAUGAGAAGGCUGUCAAAUUCAUUGAAUAUGACACAUCCUUCAGUGAGGAAGAGAAGAAGCAAGCAAAAGCAUUGAAGGUGGCGUGCAAUCUAAAGGAUGUAGCCUGCAAACUGAAGUUGAAAGAUUACAAGCAGGCUGAAAAACUAUGCACAAAGGUCUUAGAGCUAGAAAGCACCAAUGUGAAGGCCUUAUUCGUCCUCGUCAAAGCCAUUCCCGCCAUGUCGGUGAGUUUUUCAAAUCCUUCCUCGUCUUCCUCGCUGCUCGAAACGAUUGAAGGAACUCUCUAGAACCCUUUUUUAUUUCACCCAAAACUCAACUUUCAUCCUCGAGAUCACUCGGCUCAACUACCUUUUGUUUGUCGUUCCGGUUUUUUGGAGGAGCUUUAGAGCUUGAUGCUUGAGGCGUGGUUCGCAGUUUUGGAAGGCUUCGCUUGUGCUUUUCUGUUCCCUUUUGUUGUUGGAGGUACCACUUGUUCUUGUUCUUU